AAACCUCCAUCUGUCAACAGCGGUAAACACAUGUGAACUGCUUUCCAUGCGUGCACGAGAGUUGGAAAUACGAUUCCCCGCUCAAUCGCCUGCCACGAUGGAUUCCUUGCUGGCGAGCUUAAAACAACGCAACGCUCCCGAACCUUCCGGCCGGUACUAUGCGGCUCUGCUGCAAGCCGACUGGGGCACGCUGCUCAACUCCAGCACGUUCGCCGAAGUGCUCGAGCAUGAAACGCUUCAAACCGAUGCUUCCAGUGAGGAACUGCUUCACCUGGCCAUCGGCAGCUUGCUGGCCUUUGUCCAGUACAACUUCCUUGGCCCGCGGGAAAAACACACCGAAGGACAGCAGCAGCAACAAUUCGACCUUCUAGCCCAGCUUGGUUCCGAUGGAGAGGAGCUAAACGUAAAUGUAGCGCGAGCGGACUGUUUGCUUGUCUGUAAGAAGAUAUUCGAGCAUCUCGUUAAUCUCGCCACGGAGCCGAACGAAGCGCCCUCCGAGCAGUACUGCUUGCGACUCUGGUAUCAGCGCUAUUUGCUCAUCCAUCAGCGCUGCAUGGACGAUCUUACCCACAGUCUGUACGAACGGUUCAACACGAAUGUGGCCGCACUGGAGGCAGCCGUAGCCGAUGCGGACAAAGCAACGAAAUUGGAAACCUUUCUAGAGAUACUGUUCGGAUUUGUGCAGUUUAAGCGCAUUACAAAGUCGGAACAGUGGCUCGAGAAGCUGGAAGCCGUCUCGUCCGUUACCCUGUCGGUGGAGGGUGUGCUGGGAGUGCGCACCAAGUUCCAGCAGAACCCACUGCCCCAGCUCACCCUUCGGCUGCAGGGCGUCAGCGAGCUGGGACUGCCCGGUGCGGUGGAAACGCACGGCCAUCUGAAGCUGCCGGCGAUACUGAAGCUCGAGGAUGAGGUGCGGCUGGAAAAGGUUAAGUUUAUGAGCGAGCAGGAGAACGAGGACGUGCAGCUGCCCGCGCUGGUACAGAACAUGGUGCUCGGGAAGGUAUACUUUCUGUACGUGUCGCAGCCGAAGGAGCAAUUGACGCUGGAAGAGAUACAACCCUACAUCACGUCGCUCGUUUACCAGCAGCACGGACCGUGGGCAACCCGUGUCGCCACCCUUUUCCUCAACGCCACCACCGAGGCAACGCACAAGCGCACGGUCGACCGAUCGUUGCGCCAGAUCGAGGACUUGCAGCAGCAGCUUGACACACCUUCGGGUGAAACGGCCGCCAUCCCGAUAGCGGACCGGCUGUCGAUGGCGUUCAGCUCGUGGCCCAUCGCCAGCUGGCAGAUGAAGGAAAAGCUGGCCGACGUGAUGGUCAGCCUGGGCAUGGUGAAGGGUGCGCUCGACAUUUACCAGCAGGUGCAGAGCUGGGAGAACGUGAUCGACUGCUACACGGUGCUCGAGAUGCGCCAUCUCGCCGCCACCGUCAUCAAUCAGCUGAUCGAACGGAACGGCCCCUCGGUCCGGCUGUACUGCAUGCUCGGUGACGCUACGGACGACGUGGACUGCUACCGGCGUGCCUGGGAGCUGUCCAGCGAAAAGAGUGCGAAAGCGCAACGGCACUGGGGCAACUAUUACUUCGCGCGCAAGGACUACGCGGCCGCGAUCGAGCAUCUGCGCCGUUCGAUCGAGAUAAACUGCCUGCAGGAGCGGAUCCUGCUGCGGCUUGGGUACUCCGCCCUGCAGCUGGAGCGGUGGGAGGAGGCCGCUUACGCCUACCGGCUGUACACCUCGCUCGAGAGCCACGGGUUCGAGCCGUGGAACAAUCUCGCCAAGGCGUACAUCAUGCUGGGGGAAAAGGCGCGCGCGCACAAGGUGCUGCAGGAGGCGCUCAAGUGCAACUUCAGCAACUGGAAGGUGUGGGAAAACUAUCUGCUCGUUUGUGUCGAUACGCGCAACGUUGGCGAUGCGCUGAACGCGUACGAGCGGCUGCUCGAGCUGAAGGAGCGCCACUACGACAAGGAGGUGCUGGAACUGGUCGUGCGCGCGAUCGUGCUGGGGGAAAAGGACGCCGAUGGGGUGUCGUGUGGUCGGUUGAAGCAGAAAGCGAUCAAGCUGCUCGGUCAUGCCUGUGCCCAGCAGCCCAACAAUGGGUAUCUGUACGAGCUGGCGGCCGAGCUGGAGGAUGCGGACCAGCUGAAGCGCUGCCAGAAGCUGCAGAACGCGUACCGCGGCUACACGCAGUCGAACAGUCAGUGGUCUAAAGCGCCGGAGAGCGCUCUGACGGUGGUGAACCUAAGCGUUGAGCUUUGCGAACGCUCGCUGAAGGCAUUUGUGGACGGAAAGCAGGAGACGGACCGGUUAGUGCCGCUACGAUCGCAGCUCUCUUCGGCCCGGCUCAGUGGGCAGGCGUGCUUACGCUCCGCUAGCAAGGAAGCGUGGCCAGAGUGUGCCGAACCGUUGGCGGCGCUGGAACGUUUGGUGGAACAAAUGACGACCCAAUUGAAGGAAGCGAUGGCCCAAUAGGGGAGCAUGUUUUUCUUUCGCUAAGCGAACGCAGACACUCACACACACUUCCCUUCAAAUAAAGCAUUUAUUAUCUACUUUUAAAUUUAAUGCAAA